AUGCCCGCCCGACCGACCUCCGCCUACUUCCGCCGGAAGCGCUGCUGCCGCCAUGCUGCCGGUGCUGCCUUCCCGUACUUCCGCCGGAAGCGCAUCCCCGUCUCCACGGCGACGCGGCCGCCGCUCUACGAGACGCUGGAGCUGUCGGGGCGCUGCGAGUUGUGCGGGGCGGCCGCACGGCUGCGGUGUGAGCACUGCCGCGUCACAUACUAUUGCGAUGUAGAUCAUCAGAAAGCCGACUGGGUUAGUAUCCAUGAGAAAAUAUGCCAACUGCUGAUUCCAGUCCGCACAUCCCUCCCUUCUCUCACUACUGAAGAAGAAAGAAAACAUGGAGUGGAACAGCUGGUGAAAAGGCAGAAAUACAUCAUCGAUCUUGCAUCCAGCAUGGCCCAGAAGUUUAUUUUCAAUGGGAAGCAUAAAACAGCAUUACCUGCAGCUUUGCAUGCAUUGCAUUUCAGCACCCAAGUAUAUGGCUCAAGUUCUGUGCAACUGGUACCUGCCUAUCUCCUCUUGGCUGAGGCCUGCAUUGGUGCUGGCAACCUUCAACAGGCGUCUAACUAUCUCUCCCAAGCUCAAUGGAUUGUCCUCAGAACUCCAGACUGCAGCGGUGCCUUUCAGCAUAGAUUGCAUCGCGGUUUUGGGCUUCUCUAUGUCACUGAUGGAAACUUCGAUCAGGCUUUAUAUCACCUGGCAAAAGACAUUUACUUUGCUAGUUCUACAUUUGGCCUAAAAUCUGUUGAGGUCUCUGGAGGGUAUUUCCUCAUGGCUAAUGUGUUUUUUCGCCAGAACAAAAUGGACAUAGCAGACUCAUUGUAUGCUGAGGUCACCGACAUCUGGCACACCUUUCUUGCGAAGUCAGUUCAAACACAAGAGCGAAUUCGCAAGCUGAGAGCAGAAAUGUCUCCGUUCACCGAGGACGAGGAAGUCAGUGAAGACACCAUGACUGAAGCCCAGCAAGCAGAAGCAAUUCAGGUCCUGAAUGCAGUACUGGAUAUCAGAGAAAAGGCACCAAAGCAACAACCUGGGGAAACUGCCAGAGUCUUACAUGCUCUUGCAAUGCUUUAUUACCUAAUCAUGGAUUUAUCAAAGGCACAUGAAAUGGGGAUGAAAGCCUUUAACCUGCUGAAACAACUGCCUGAACAAGAGUCUCUAGAAGCCAUCAGCUAUUUGUUAAAGCUGAUCGACUCCCAGCCUUCCUGCACAAAAUAAGGAGCUCCUUCUACCAGAGCCAGGUGCUUGGCUAGGUUAUCUAACUAGGUGUCUGAAAACAUGGCAAAUGCAUUGUGAGCUGUACAGGACGUACAGCUGUUGUCGCCUCUCCGUGAGGGUCCUUUUCCAUCUGGAAGUGUUUGAAAACUAAGCUUGUUGUCUUAGUUAAUUGUUACAUGCUUGUCAACCUCUGCAGACUGUUACAGAGUUAACAGCAUGAGGGUGGGAAAUAAAAGCACUACCGGUACAAGGUGCAUAAAUUGUUGCCAACUUGCUAAUGUAAAUAAGGGUAACAGCCUCUUAUCUCGCAUUGUCUGACAAGAUUUUAAGACCAGCUGAAAUGUGUUUGCUACUGUUUUCCUCAAUUUUCUUUUACCUUUGAUGAGUAAGAUAGGGUGGAAGGCUGUGGGAGAGGCCUGGGGAAUGUGCCCGCUACAUUCCUAACUUGGAUGGUUGACAUCUGCUCCCCAGAACCUGGUUGGGCUUGUUCAGAUGCUGCACCUCUCUGUAGUGCCCCUCCAUUUCCAAAUGCACGCUCUCAGUUUUUGCAGGCCUCCAUCAAACUGACUGCCAACGUGCAGCCCUCACAGGUUUCAAAUGCCCCUGGGAGCAGAGAAGGAAGGAAGGCAGGGCACAGGGUACAUGUAGCCCUGGGGGUGAAGGCCAAGGGGCACUAGAGAAGGGCUAGGGGAGUCCCUGAGAGCAAGAUGGGUACAGGGCUGGGGGCAGCUGUGGAGUGAACUUGGUUCAGACACUGGAGCAUGUGACAGCCUUGCACCGCUGGGAAAGAGGUUAAGGGAAACUUGCCCUGUUGCUAAGGUCUGGAUUCAGCUGAGCUUUAAGCCUACGAUUAAGUCUCAUUUACUUCAGGAGGAUUUAUGAAUGCAUUUAAUUGCCUUGCUGAAUUGGGUUGGAGUCAAGUACGCUUUUAAAUGCUUCGUCGAGCUGGGACCUGAGCAAUUAGAAGGGAUUGAUGCUGCUGCUAAAGGAAAAGUUGCUCACUCCAAUCCAGCUGAUUUUUAAUUGCACAGGGUGGAAUAGCUGUGAUCAGUGCACACAAGGGGCCCCGUGGCAGAGCAGGGCAGCUUCCUGAGACUGUAGUAACACAUGUGGGAACAGAGGAUGCUGGCAGCCAGGAUGCACAGUGCCUGCUGGCACAGUGCCUCAGGACGUGGAGGAUUUGGGUCACUGUGGCUGGGGAUUUGGAGCUGUGGCAGUAAUCCCCCAAGACAUGCCAUGGCCAGGCUAGCUCUACGUGACACGUCAGGGCCGGCAUCCCUUCCACAGCGCUGCCACAUGGCACACUAUCACUGUUGGCUGCUUAAAGCAGUAGAGAAAUGAAUUUUUCAUAGGUCUGCAGGCUGGGCAUCUGUGGUAGCAGGGCCUGCACAGCAGUGAGAAGGGAAUGGAAGUGCCAGUAAAGGUGAUCAGAGCAACCCAGCAUCCCACCACACAGAAUAUUUUGGGGAAGAGUUGGAAGAUUUUUACAGCUUUUCUCUAUGACCCUUUGGAACAGCUGUCUCCAUUGUAUACACUUCAGGGCAAAGAGCUAUUUUGACAAAUAGCAGAAAACCAAAGUGAACAAGCUCAGCACUUCUUUGCCCGGCAGUGUUCAGACUUGCAGCCCUUGGCACUGGGUUAAGUAAAGGAGAAAUUUCCCCAGGAAGCAGCCAGGAGAUGGCAACAACACAGCCAGGAGCACAGCGUGGACGUUUUGUAACAAGGAGCCUUGCACCCCUAUGAGGGAAAGCUUUGGCAAAGAGGAGCACACACUGGGGAGCUACUCUAAAACAGGGAUAGGACACAAACACUCCCACGAACAGCACCUGAAUGCACCCAGGGCUGGCCUUGCUGAAGCUCUGACCUGCUGCACUCCUCCCAAAAAGAAAGGCACACAGCACAACAGGUUGGGUCGCUGCAUACAUUCCUGUUUAUUGUUAGCACACCACACACCUUUCUCCAUUCUCUUGGCACUUAUGUUUUUGCACAUUAGGGAAGAAAAAAAGAAGUGUGUGCAGUUUCUGGGAUGCUGCACAGAUAUGUGUUGAGUUUUGUCAUGGUUUUUUUCCUACCUUUAUUUUUCAAUGUACUCACUUUCAAAACAGACAAAUAAAUUAAAAAAAAAAAAAAAAAAAAGAAAGAAAAUACCAACACUAUUAAAUAACUGCACAUGGCUUUGGGAAUGUGCCAGUAGGUCCUACAACAGCUGCACUCAGGGGAGAAGGGCUGCUCUUUGUGUUGGUUUUCUACGUUUUGCUUUAAAAAGGACAGUAUUUCUCACUUUUAAUAUACUAAGGACUAAAAUUCAGUGCAAUAGAUACAACUACAGUGCAGGUAAUUAACUAUACAAAAGUCACCUAACCAUGUACAAGCUUUCCUUAGAGUUGCUAAAGAGACUAAACCUUUGCAUCUGUACCUUUUUGUAUACAUUAUACACUGUGAAUAUACUCCGAGAAUAUUUACAGUACAGUUCCUUGUCAAUCAGAAGCACUAUAACUUAACAUCUACUAUUAACACCAUUGAACAAAAAUAUAUAUAAUAUAAAUAUCUUCCAGUCUAUACACAGAGCAGGAAAUGUAUGUAUCCAUGUGGUGAAUUUCGGUGACUCUGGGAUCCAUGUGGUGGCGAUGGGAAGGUGCUGCAGCGUGGGACCGUCGCCUGCUCCUGGCACUGCAGGGACCAGCGUUGUGCUGGGGAAGGCUGAGGCCACAGCUCCGUGCUGCUGCUGAACCCUCGCUCCUCUCCACCAGCACCUCGAGCCACAGCUGACC